AUGGACAACGAAAAGGACACCCUCCCGGCCUACACUAGGUUCUCAACCCCAAAGCUAUCAUGGCGCGUUCUUCCUACCAGCAUGCGAACACCAGAGCAGCAAUUCGAGUUGGACCUCGAGGCUGUGAAGAAUGACGGUGAGCUCGCAAGGAUUCAGGCAGAGUCCGACGAAGAGACGAGACGGAUUAAGAUGGACCUCGUCUUCCUUACCAUCAAACUCCUCAUCUUCACUGUCGCGGCAGUGUAUAUCCUGGGGUUUGUUUCAGAAGCACUCGCUACCCGCGCGUCAGAAGUCAAGGCGGUGGUGAAGGUUACCCCAGCUGCAAAGUAUUGUUUCCCAGAAGGGAAGUGCUAUACGCAAGAAGAAAUAGCAUCUUUCGUCGAUGAUUAUUUCUCUGAACACAAGGAGGAGAUUGAUGAAAAGAUUGACCAGGCGAUCAGACAAGCCAUGGGUUUGUAG